GGGCCGUCCCUGCGGCCGGUGUCCGCCAUGGCGGCGGCGGCGGGUGACAGCGGCGCCAUCGACUACUCGGUGCACGAGGCGUGGAACGAGGCCACCAACGUCUACCUGCUGGUGGUCCUGGCCAGCCUCGCCCUCCUCGUCUACGCGCGGCGGAACAAGAGAAGGAUCAUGCGCAUCUUCACCCUGCCUCCAGCCGCCGAGACGCCGCCCGAGCCCAACUUCUACGACAGCAUGAAGAAGAUCCGCUUGCGGCAGCAGCUGGAGAUGUACUCCAUCGCACGGAAGUAUGAACAGCAGCAGCAGCCACCAAAACAGACUGAAAGCAUACAGCUCUCGGUGGAAUGAAACCCACAACUGUAGGAACUCAGGAUGCAUUUCCAGUGCUGAUGAUAAGAGGCCUCCUAAUUGAUGUGUAGCCGAAGGCAAGGGGGAAAGGAAGGAGACUCUCCUAAAAACUUUGUUCUCAGUAGCUUUUCUCUGAGUCCCAUGAAGAAAACAGAGUGCCCGCUGAAACAUCCAGCAUGAAAGUAGGGAAGACCUCAGAGAAACCUCUUGAGGGCAGACAGGUGCAGUCUUACAGAUGUUUUAUUUCUCUCUCUGCCGGCACCUUGGAAGUUGGUUUUUACUUUCUCUGGCAAGAUGCUCUAGAGAAAGCAAGGCAGUACCUACCUGCCUGGAAACCCUUUUGUUUCCUUGAUCAUGCAGUGUUGAAUGUGCUGUAUGUGUUCAGUAUAUGUGAAGAUGCUGAGGCAUUCCCGCCCAGCAGAGGCAAAUAGCUUCCAGGGCCAGAAGCAUCGUUGGCGGUAGUACAAAAAGAUUCAGUGCUCUGUGUUUAUGUGGGAGGUAGGUGUGUGAUACCGUGAACCCUUCCUAGAGGGACUUUGAGAAAUACACAGUGAACUGCACAUCAAGAUGACAGCUAAAGCCAAUACCGUACCUUUAAUAGCAAUGGGGGUUAGCUUCAUUUACUGCAAUUGCUUUAAAAAAUGGGAUUGUCUAUAAAAAUUUGCAUAAAGAUCACACCCCAGUUUCUUUCUAAGUAAAUCACAAAAUCGGCUAAUGUAAAGAGUACUGCAGAAAUUACUUCUUAAUAAAAGCAUCUAAGAACUGAAA